AUGGGCCUCAACUACAUGAAACAGAACUUCCAGACGGAGUAUAUCAAGUUCGAAGUAGCCGAUUUCAAAUCGUCUUACCAUGCUAUACUGGGAAGACCGGCGCUCGCCAAGUUCAUGGAAGUACCACACUAUGUCUACAUGCUCCUCAAGAUGCCGGGCAACACAGGAGUUCUUUCUCUACGAGGUGACCUCCUCAAGUCCUUUGAGUGUGACAAGGAGGCGAUAGACCACGCCUCUCCAAUUCAAGUUCCUAGUUCUGUCAGCGAAAUACCUGCCGCCGCCAAGGAGCUCUCACUCAACAAGGACUCGAUGCCUUCAAAGAAGCCAAGCCAGUCAUCAGUAAAACCUACUGGUGAUGUGGGUACCAAGACUAUCCAACUACAAGAGGGAGAUGACUCCAAAACCGCCAUCAUCGGAACUGGCGUGGGCGACAAAUAG